GUUAAAGCGGUGCCAAAACGGGCUAUUUCUAGUGUGGAUGAGGCCCAGUUCACUAUUCUUUGUUGCCAUUCGCCUCAUUGGGGAAAAAACUACAUCUCCCAGGAUGCAGUGCGGCGCCAGGCCUCCUUUCCCGCCGUUCCCCGCGUUGCGUCUCUCUCUUCUUCUUGGAUGGGGAUCUCCUUUGCCUCCAAGGAAGAAGUCCCUCCAGGCUUCGCCAUGGCUGCUCCUCCUUCUCUCCCCGGCUUCUCUUCUCUGGGAGACCAGGCCCAGAGCUCCGUCUGCCUCCUGCUGCCCUUCGUCAUCCCAGCUGGAAGGUCCCUGGUCCUCACCCGAGAUGGGACAAAUCCUGCCUGGAUUCUGUCUCUGGCAGCAGAAAGCAAGAGCAAAGUGGAAAAUCUAGAAGAUGGGUUAGAACUGCACAGGACAUCCUUAUGUAACCCCCAAAGGGGUUGCCCUGGCGGGAUCCAGCAAAGAAGCUCUGCAAAAGAACAGGCGUCCUCUUGUAAAGAGAAAUUCAUGGACCCUAAGGAGUCCCCAUGCAGCCAAACAAAAUCCUAUAAGUGCGCUGACUGUGGGAAAAUUUACCGCCGGAGCACCGAUCUCUUGAGGCACCAGAGGACUCACACUGGCGAAAGGCCAUACAAGUGUCUGGACUGUGGGAAGAGCUUCAGUCGGAGUUCAAUCCUCCUUGAGCACCAGAGAAUCCAUACUGGCGAAAAACCAUAUAUAUGCAGCCAUUGUGGGCAAGGGUUUAGCCAGAGCUCCAACCGUAACCAGCAUGAGAGGAUUCAUGCCAAGGGGAAGGUGAGCAAGCUGGUGCAGUGGGGGCAAAGUCGGCAAAGGACAGAAGACAAGAGCCUUGGCCCUACAAGCAUGAUGAGAACAGAAGAAGGGUUGGGGCAUAAGCUAGGAUCUGGAAAGGUUUCUCAGCAUCCUAAGGAAAGCCCUUCAUGGAACUCAAAGGUGGUUAUGAAGCACCAGAGAAGUUACUUGCCUGAAAAGCCCUAUAGGUGCCCUCAGUGUGGCAAAUGCUUUGCGCGGAGCACAGAUUUCAUCCGGCACCAUAUCACCCACACAGGAGAGAAGCCCUACACUUGUGUAAAAUGUGGCAAGAGUUUCACACGCAGCUCUGUCCUCAUUGAACACCAGCGAAUCCACACAGGAGAGAGGCCCUACAAGUGUAGGCUGUGUGGGAAGGGCUUCAGCCAGAACUCCAACCGGAACCAACAUGAGACAAUCCACCGAGCGAAGAAAUCUCCCAGAUGCUUCCUGAAUGGCAGUGAAACUUUGAACUGGGCGGCAGGACUGGCACAGCAACAGAGAGUUAAUUCAGCCAGAGGGAAAACCUGAGGCAAGAUCAAGGGAUAGAUAGGAGAUACUCAGUGAAAAUUGGAUUUCUUAGGAUGACAGAGACUAAAAAAAGGAAAGGAACUGGUGUUGAGAUAUUUUUUUAAAAUGAGAGACAGAUGUCAGCUGCUGUUACAUUGAAACAAAAGUAUUCUUACUGCAGAAAUCCCAAGCAAAAUGUACCUAUGAGAUGCAUCUGUUAACAUUUCUUAUUAUGCUACUGUUACUAUUAACAGCAGCAAAAGGAGAAAUUAAAACAUUUGUUCCAA